AUGGAUUGCGGAGAGGAGGAAUUGUUGCUACCUCGAGAUCUGUCGCAUCCCGGGGAGAGGUUCUUUCCGAUGGGGGUACCCCAGGACGUUCUAUUCGGCCACGUGUACGCCGACAACCCCUUCUGUCACUUCCCUGGAGUGGUCAAUCUCAGCACCAGGACGCGAGCCAGGCCGCAGAAACGCAGGAGAAAAGCCCAGGAAGCCAGGAGUAGCUCUUGCAGCUCCAGUGAUCAAGGCUCCUCCGAGGACAUCGUGUCGCAGCGCAGCCUGGCCAAUGUGCGCGAGCGCCAGCGCACCCAGAGCCUGAACGAGGCGUUCGCUUCGCUGCGCCGCAUCAUCCCCACGCUGCCCUCCGACAAACUCAGCAAGAUCCAGACACUGCGCCUCGCCGCCAGAUACAUAGACUUCUUGUACCGCGUGCUCGACACUGGAGAGGAGACCGCAGGCCGCGGCUGGCCCGCGGGGACCUACGUCACGCACGAGAGGCUCAGCAGGGAGUUCUCCAUGUGGAGGAUGGAGGGAGCCUGGGCAGCUGAACAGCACUGCGCACCCGCGAUAUAA